AUGGAAGAGCGGAAAUUUUCAGAGAACUUCAAAAUAAUCGAGAAAAUUGGAGAAGGCUCGUUUAGCACGGUCUUUCUGGCAGAAGACGCGCAAACAGGGAAAAAAGUCGCCAUAAAGCGAAUAACCCGGACAACUGCCCCAAGCAGAAUAGCUAAUGAGCUGAAGUUUCUAAUGUCGGUCCAAGGCAUGAAGAACAUCGUGGACAUAAUAGACACGUAUAGAGACAACACGGAUGUUUUCAUCGUAUUUCCCUACGUUGAAAUAACGGACUUUAAAAAGAUGGUGCAUGUUUUCACAAUUUCCGACAUAAAGCACUACAUGCGGCACCUUCUGUGCGCCCUUCAGAGCAUACACUCCCAGGGCAUAGUGCACCGAGACGUGAAGCCCAGCAACUUCCUGUACAACCAGAGCGCGCGAACGGGGGUUUUAAUAGACUUUGGGCUUUCCCAGAAAAUAGAGGAUGCCCCGGAGGAGGAGAAGAAGGAGAAGAGGCGGCGCUUUUUCUUCAGCACGCACUCCCUGGGGAAGAGCAUGGCUGUUGCCUCUCGUGCGCCCGGGUAUUUACUUCGAGACUCGCGCCCUGCGAUGUGCGCGUCCAGGUCUGGGACGAGGGGAUUUAAAGCCCCGGAGGUCCUGUUUCGGGCUGACUCCCAAACUACGGCGAUAGAUGUGUGGAGUGCUGGGGUUGUGCUUCUCUCGCUUUUGUGCCGGAAGUACCCGUUUUUCACCUCCAAGGACGACAUAAACACGCUCGUAGAGAUAGGAAGCCUCUUUGGGGACGAGGAGAUGCGGAAGGCAGCGAAGCACUACAAAAGAGUCUGGAGGAGCAACAUUGAGGCGUGCAUGCGGCAGAAAAUAUCCUUUCGAACGCUAAUAGAUAUGUGCAAUCUGAAGCACGUGGAGAUGCCUGCCUCUGCGCUGGACCUUUUAGAGAAAAUGCUGCAGCUGAAGGCCUCCGAUCGGAUUACUGCAGAGGAGGCACUGCGGCACGACUUCUUUAACGACUGA